CCGGGCGCGCGCCUCCUCCUCGCCGCCCCCCCCAGCCCAGCCCGGCCGGCCCCGGGCCCCCACUUCUGCCUGCGCUGUGCCCCCCACCCAGCCGCCGGCACGGCCCCGCCCCCGCUGCCCCGGUGGUGGCCCACGGCCCCCCGGCUGCCCGUGGUCAAACUGGAGUCGCUGAAGCGCUGGAACGAGGAGAGGGGCCUUUGGUGCGAGAAGGGGGUGCAGGUGGUGCUGACCACGGUGGGCGCCUUCGCGGCCUUCGGCCUCAUGACCAUCGCCAUCAGCACCGACUACUGGCUGUACACGCGCGCCUUCAUCUGCAACACCACCAACCUCACGGCCGGCGACGACGCGCCGGCCCACCGCGGGGGCAGCGGCUCCUCGGAGAAGAAGGACCCCGGCGGCCUCACCCACUCGGGGCUCUGGAGGAUAUGCUGCCUGGAAGGGUUGAAAAGAGGUGUCUGCGUGAAGAUCAACCAUUUCCCGGAGGACACGGACUACGACCAUGACAGCGCGGAGUAUCUGCUCCGAGUCGUCCGGGCCUCCAGCAUCUUUCCCAUCCUCAGCGCCAUCCUGCUGCUGCUCGGGGGCGUGUGCGUGGCGGCCUCCCGGGUCUACAAAUCCAAGAGGAACAUCAUUCUGGGCGCAGGGAUCCUGUUCGUGGCAGCAGGCCUGAGCAACAUCAUCGGCGUGAUCGUGUACAUCUCGGCCAACGCGGGCGAGCCGGGUCCGAAGCGGGACGAGGAGAAGAAGAACCACUACUCGUACGGCUGGUCCUUCUACUUCGGCGGGCUGUCGUUCAUCCUGGCCGAGGUGAUCGGCGUGCUGGCCGUCAACAUCUACAUCGAGCGCAGCCGCGAGGCGCACUGCCAGUCUCGCUCGGACCUGCUCAAGGCCGGCGGGGGCGCGGGCGGCAGUGGCGGGAGCGGCCCCUCGGCCAUCCUCCGUCUGCCCAGUUACCGCUUCCGCUACCGCCGCCGCUCCCGCUCUAGCUCCCGCUCCAGCGAGCCGUCGCCGUCGCGGGACGCGUCUCCCGGCGGCGCCGGGGGCCCGGGCUUCGCCUCCACGGACAUCUCCAUGUACACUCUCAGCCGCGACCCGUCCAAGGGCAGCGUGGCCGCGGGGCUGGCGGGGGCCGGCGGCGGCGGCGGCGGCGGCGGCGGCGGAGCCGGCGGGGCGUACGGCGGCGCGGCGGCGGGCGCGGGCGGCGGCGGCGGGGCGGGCGCCGAGCGGGACCGCGGGGGGGCGCCCGGCUUCCUCACGCUGCACAAUGCCUUCCCCAAGGAGGCGGGCGGCGGGGUCACGGUCACGGUCACCGGGCCGCCCGCCGCGCCCGCCCCCGCCCCGCCUGCGCCCGCGGCGCCAGCCCCCGGGACCCUGGCCAAGGAGGCCGCCGCCUCCAACACCAACACGCUCAACAGGAAAACCACGCCGGUGUAGGGGCGCGCCGGGGGGCGCCGAGGGGGCGUGUCCGGGGCGCGUGCGCGGGCGCGCGUGCAACGAGGCUGCCGGGGUGGGGCGGGGGCGACCCCCUCCCCGCGAGCGCGCUGGAGAACUGCGUGGCCCUCCCCGCGCCCCGCCUUCCGGUCGGGGACCCUGAGGGAGGCAGCCGUCGGGAGGGGGCGUCGUGUUUUAUUUAUUUACUUUUUUUUUGUGGGUUGGCGGGGCGGGGGGAGGGCUGUGGAGUUUUUUUGCAGUUUUGAGAUGUUUUCUUUUUAAUGUUUUGCUGUGUGCAUGUGGGGGCGGGGCGGUGGGGGAGGGAGGGACUCCCAGCCCAGCCCGGCCCAACUCCUGGAGAGGGGCCCAUAACACACGAAUAUAUAGUUAUACCUACAAACUAUAUAUAUGCCCUUUGUAAAGAGACAGAAAGGUAAAGAGAAGGCAGGCAGAAAGGCAAAGUAACGAGGAGUGGAUGUGGGCAUUCAUUCAUUUUUUCAUUCAUUAUUCCACAAGGGUUUAUUAAGUGCCUGUUGUGUACCAGGAAGGCGCUGGAGAGGGAACAUAAACAGGCGAACAGAGUGGUUCAUUCAUUAUCCGAAAUUUAUUUGUGCACCUAAGCACUAGGCGUUGUGCCAGAUGCUGAGCCUACAGAAAGGAGGAAGACAGACAGGGUCUCCCCAGCGUCCUCACAGAGUUUGCAUCUUGUGCAGGAGACAGACAUUAAUCAAAGAACUGUGUGUACAAGCAGCAAGGUACAGUUAGGACACAGGAGAAGUCUGAAAUGCUACAAAAUGUUCUGUCAGGGAUGGGUAACCCAGUUUAAAAGGAAGAAAUAUUUUAGCUGACAUUGAAAGGAUGACAGGAAGCCAGCCAGGUGAGGCUGGAAGUGUGGCAGCCAGAGAACAGCAUAUGCCAAGGCCCUGGGGCAGGAAGAGCUUAAGGGAGGGCUACGGCAUAGUGAGCUGGAUGCAGAUGGGCCAAGAUGAUGCCGGAGAUGUAAACAGAGCCAGACUGCCCAGGGCCUCAGAAGUUACGUCAGGAGUUUGGAUUUUAUUCUGAGGGCAGCAGGGGGCCCUGGAAUGGCUUUCAAAGGGAGCAUAACAUGAAUGGAGUACAAAAGGGAGGCAGGAACUCAAAGAGGAGAGUGAGAGGCAGAGACAGGCUAAAAUUCAGCAUCAAACACAGGGACUGGCCCUUGAAACUCACACUCCUGGGAGGACGCAGAUAAUCACACAAAAUACUGAAGCACAGGCAUGGUGUCUGGUGCGAUUUAGACAUUUGUGUUUCAUUCAUUCAUUAAUUCAGCCAUUCACUCAUUGACAUUUCUGUGCCUCUGUGAACACACCAGGCAGUAUGUUGGAAUCAGGAUUGCCCCAGAUGAAACAGGCCCUCUCCUUGCCCUCAAGGAGGAGUCGUCAAAAACUGCAAUCCAGGCAGGGUGAUGGGCGCUGUGACAGGGACCACAAUGGGGAGAACAGAGUGACCAAGUCCCAGGAGUGGGCUGUACUCAGGGAGACUUCCUGGAGAACAUAAGUCCCAGCCUAGGUUUAAAAAGGAUGAGUAGGAAUCUGCCAAGGGAUGAAGGGGGUGACUCAUGCAAAGGCCAGGGGGGCGACAUAGCAUGCUGUACUGGGGACAGGGCUCAGAGAUCUGGGAUGCUGGAGGACGGGGGUGGUGGUGGUGGUGGUUAGGUCAGAGAAGCAGCUAGAAACCAGAGUCAGAAGUGCUGGAGUUCCAGGCUGCGGGGUUUGGGCUUUAUUCUGAGGGUAGUGGGGAGACGGGGGACAGCUUUGAGCAGCAGAAGGGCAGGACUGGACGUGGGUGUGAGAAGGAGCCACUCGGGAAAGGGGUGAACAGGAGGUUGGUGCUGUGGGAUGUGGCCGGUGAGCUGACCAAGGGCUGUGGGGGUGCAGGGGGAUGCAUUUGAAGGCUAUGGAUGAUGGAGGAAGCACAUAGGACUUAGUGGAAGUCCCUUCCUUUGCUCAGUGAAUAUCUCCCAAGGUCUCCUGUGUGGCAGGCCCUGUGCAGGGCGAUGCUGGGGGUUGGAGAUGCUUCAGACCCUGCCCUGCCCUCUAAGGCCUCCCAGUCUUGUGGGAAGCCAGACACGGACACAAAUGGGGAGGGGGUGGUAAUUGGUGGUGCCCAGGGACAGCCUCUGUCCCAAUGACGAUGACAAAGUGAGGCAGCAGAAAGGGUAGAGCAAAGGAGGGACAGGAUCAGGCUGGGUGUUGGGAGUUCCCCUCAGGCACCUUGUGGGUAGUGGGUAGACUAGAAAGAGGGGGAGCCUGGAGGGCAGAGGGCCAGGGAGGAACUCCCUGGGGACAGUUCCAGGGAGAGAAGGUGGAGAGUGUGGGGAAAGGAAUACAAGUUAGCAAGAGUCAGAGGAGAACUGAGUGUAGGGAAGAUGCAUGGAGAGAAGGGCAGGGAGAGGUGGAGUCAAAAGAGAGUUUGAUUGGAGGAGGAAGGCCUGGUUACGGUGCAGUGGAGUCUAGGUCCAAAGGCCAAACCUAGAGCGAGAAGGAGGUGGAAGAUGGGCAGAAGGGGGGGAGGAGGGAGAAGUGGGGGAGGGGGCAGGGGAAGGAGGGGGAGGAAGGAAGGAUGAGGGAAAGUUGAAGACACUGAGGGUGACCUGGAGAGGAGAGAUGUCUCAGACACACAAAACCACACAGAGAUGGGGAGGUGGAUCUACAGAGAAGGAUCCAGAGACAUGCCCAGAAGGAAGUGUGGAGACUUGGAAGCUUGCACAGUGGACAGGAUGGGAAUGACCCAUGUCUUUGAUUUUGUCUUCAGGAUUCAAGAAGUUUUUAUUGAGCACCAACCUGUUCUAGACCCAGGCUAGGCCUAAGGAAUGAAGGUCCUGCUCCCCUGGGGAGCCCUAUGUUUGGACAGAUAUGGGAUGGGACAAGCAUUUGGGCCACCAAAGGCAGCACAGAAGCUGGGGUGGGGGGGUACAGGUUUGGGAGGAGCCCCCCCCCCUCGGCAGGCAGAUUAACAAGGGGUGAGCAAAUCCGGGUGAGGUCAGAGCGCAGGCUGGGCGCCCAGCAUGUAGGGUCUAGUAGUCUAGCAAAGAAAUCUGCAUUUAUUCUACACUUCACGGGAGGCCUUUAGAGGGUUUUGAGCACAUGCAUGACAUCAUACUUUUAUUUUUAACAACAACAACAAGAACAGAACGGCAUGGUUGUGCUGAGAAUAGAUUUAGGAAUGAAACGUGGAAACAAGGAGUUAGGGACCGUUGUCCUUGUCCAGCUGAGACUGACGAUGGCCUGGACUGAAGUGGCGUCAGUGAGGACAGAGAGAAAUGGAGGAAUGGGGCCCAGAUUUUGCAGGUGGAGCCCACAGUGGUGGGGAGGGAUGCGAACGUAGCAGGACGAAGAAGGAAUGAGAAGUCAGACUGACAUAAAGAGGGACUCUUUUUUUUUUUUUUAAGUUUAUUUAUUUUGAGGCAUAGAGCAAGCAGGGGAGGGGCAGAGAGAAAGAGAGAGAAUCCCAAGCAGCUCCGCACUGUCAGCGCAGAGCUCAAUGAGGGGCUCGAACUCACGAGCCGUGACAUCAUGACCUGAGCUGAACCCAAGAGUGGACGCUUAACCGACUGAGUCACCCAGGCGCCCCAGAAAGAGGAACUCUUAAUCGGGCUUGCACAGAUUACAUGAUGCUGUGGUUUAUUGCCUAGAAGGGCCCCUCCCUCCCCCCGGGGGGCAAGGAAUCAGAAUUUGGGUGGUAGGGACCAAGCGUCCUUCUUUGGACCUGUCAAGUUGGAGAUGCCUGCCAGAAACCCAAGUCUGGGUAUCCAGUAACCAGUUGGAUAUGCAAGCCUGGGGGAGAGGCCAUGGCUAGAAAUAUAAGUUUUGGAAAUGUCAGCAUAUAGGAGAUAUUGAAAGCCAUGGGGCUGGAUGAGGUGACCCAGGGGGAGAAGGUGGACAGAGAAGUGACCCUGGCUAGUGCCUCAGGGACAUCUGCAACAGGGAAGAAGAGGAUGUAGCAAAGGGAGCCACAAAGGGUGACGAUGAGGUAGGCGGAGGCCAGGAGGAAGUGGCCAGACGUGCUGAGAACUGAGCCAAGAAGGGGACUGCUAGGUCUGACCUGGUAAGAGGUCAUCUCAGUGCAGUGGUAGGGACCGGAGCUCUGCUUGGUGGCAGGGUGUGGGGGGCGGGGAGAAGCCCAUCUUCUUGGCAUGAAAAUAAUAAGAGCUUUUACACCAAAGAAAGUUCAUACCCUUUCUGGGAAAAGAGGGCAAGGGGAUGGAAAACAGAAAAAUACACUCUGAACUAAGAACUGUUAGAGCACGCAAGAUGCAGGAUGGUGGGAGGUGGGCCAGGAGGGGAAGAUGUACUCAGGCAGGACAGACAGACAUGCCUCGCCAGCUGUGUCUGCUCAGAAUGCUCUGGUUCCCCUCUCGGCCCUGUCAAGGCCCGGGGAAAACCCAGUGAGGGGAAGGAAGGAGCAGGUGGAACUCAGUUAAGGACUUCUGGGCCUUCCAGGUGCUGGGCAGCGUAAUCUCCGAGUUGCAGGUCAGGAGACAGGUGGCCGGGCCAAUGAGAAGGCAGAGGGAGUUGUUCCCUGAUGGGGCACAGCUUGGGAGGACAUGCCUGUGUGUCACCAUCUCACUUCAUCCAUCCAUCCAUCCCUGCAUCCAUCCACCCUUCCAUCCCUCCCUCCCUCCUUCCAUCCAUCCA